AUGGCCUCUGACAACGACGGCGUGUACGUCGACGUCGGCAAGGACGACGCGCAGUGGACCCUGGAUGAAGACGGCGCCAUCUGCAAGCUCAAAAAGGACGGCGAGACGUGGGCCAAUAUCGGCAAGGCCAUCAACCGGUCCAAGAGCGACGUGCAGAAGCGCUUCAAGCACAUCAAGAUCUGCAUGGAGGCCGCCGGCCACGACCCCAACGUCAUUGGCGAGAGCUGGGCCGAGGACAUGCGGCGCGCCGGCAGGGAGAUCCCGUCCCCGGACAAGCCCUCGCCGGCCAAGAAGCAGACGACGCCCCUGUCUCACGCGCCCCCAUCUCCUGAGGUCGUCGAGAUUGUGCGCCUCGAAGAGCCCGCGAGCGAAUCUGUACGUGAGCGAGGCGGUGCGAGCAAGAACACCCACAAGAAGAAGCAACCGCAGCAGCAUGAGAGGCCCGAGUCACCCAAGCUGACCGUCGCGACCAAGGUAGUCAAGAAGGGCGGCAAGAAGUUCCUCACGUUUGAGUCACCAAUGAUCCCACUACCCGAAACCUCCUCUGAGUCGUCGUCCUCUUCCUCCUCCAGCGGCGAGGAGACGGACUCGGAGGAGGAGCGCGCAGCUCACAAGAGCUUCAUCUACCAUGAGUACCUGAGUGAGCUGUAUCCUGACCAGAAGACCUACAUGCCCGACAAGUUCUGGACCGCCAACGACUGCAAGACGCUUGCGGUAAUCGAGGCUAAGUACGAAUCGCUGAAGCACAAGCACAUCCAGGCCGAGUUCUUCAAUGCUACUGGGCGGAUGAUAUCGACCGAGAUUAUCAAGCACAAGUUGGAGCAGGGCACAGGCAAGUGA